UAGCCUACACUGGCAUUGCGAAUCUAAAGAUUAAACCCAGAAGGAGAGCUAAACAUUGGCUAAGGUCUAAAUAAGCCCUUUUUAAAGACAAAGUAUCAACUCUCCGACUGCACCUGAAAAGUCCUUUCUUCAAGGAAAAACAGGAAUGAGUUUUUCAAACUGAACAAGGCACGUAGCUUUUCAAAUUGGAAAUCAAUAUUCUGAAAUACGAAUGAUAGUUUCUUAUAAAAUCUAAGGUAAGGGAUUCUCUGGAUCUUUUUGGAAACAUAAUGCUUAUAAAUAAAUGUUACACAAAUUUAGCUUUAAAGAAUAAAGGAGCUUUAAAGCAAAUUCUCUCUCCAUUGAGCACCAACCAGAAGAUAAGGAACAGCAUUACCCUUCCUUUCAUUGAUAAUUUUGCUACUUUCUUUGAAUGAAAGAUAAGAAACCAUAGUAUAACCACAAGGAAUAGGUAUUUCUUAUUACUAUGAUAUAACUGAUCACCCUGGAUAUCAAGCAACUUCGCGAAAAUGCUUCUUUAAAUAUAGGAUGAAAAUUGUUCGUUUCAACGAUUCGGGUCCCUAGUAUUUCUGGCUCAAUUGACUUGAAUAAUAGAAAGUGGAACUCCUUGCGACUGAUAAGAUUUUCUGUUUUAUGGUAGAUAAAUUUUGUGCAUUUGGAGAGUAGUGCAUGAACUUUUAGUAACCAAGAAACAUUUAACAAACUUUUGCUUUUGCAUUUAACAAACAAGCCUUGAAAUCAGCAAAAGAUAGAAAAGAUUGUGUACUAAAUAAUUUCUGUAUCUUAAAAUGUGUAAUUUAAUGACUUCCUUGCGAUAAAUGCAGCCUGCUUGUGAAAAAGCUUUUUGUCAAAGUUGAUAAAAGUUAUCUUUACUAGGGACGCACCAUAGAUCAAAGAUCUAUUCCAGUAUCUUUGCAUAGAUACUCGACCAAUCAUUCUUUGGUAGUUGCCGCGCAAACUGAGCCUCGUUUGGACGUACUGUAAAAAAGGCUGGCAAGAAGUGGCUAGGCCAUCUACCAAGCAAAGAACAGUCUGAUUUCAUUUUCCUACGGAAUUCUGCUGCAUAAUGUCACAGAAGACUGAAUUUGAACUCGCUUACGAAGGUAACCUCGGUGCUCUCAAGAUCAAGUUUGCUGGAGAACCGAAGCUUGCAACGACAAAGGACACGAAUGAGCGUAUGCCACUUCACUGGGCAUGCUCUGGAGGCAGGAAAGAAGUUGUUAGUUAUCUUCUUGACCAGUUGAAUGUUCCGGUCAAUGAGCAAGAUGAUGCAGGCUGGACACCUUUGAUGAUAGCAUCCUCUGCUGGUCAUGAUGACAUUGUUAUCUCACUGCUAGAAAGCAAAGCUGAUCCCCAAAUUGUUAACUUCACUGGACAGUCAGUUCUUCAUUAUGCUGCAUCAAAAAACCGACUCACAAUUGCUGAAGCUCUUCUAAGAGCUGGUGUUGAAGUUAAUGUCCAAGACAAAACAACUGGUGCAACACCUUUGCAUAGAGCUGCAUCAAAAGGCUAUCUAAAGAUGGUGCAACUACUUGUUGAACAUGGCUCUUCCGUCAAUAAAGAAGACAAUCAUAGAAAUACCCCACUGCACUUGGCAUGCGAAGAGGAAAGGUUGGAUGUCAUAAAGUAUUUACUGAAACAAGGAUCUGAUCCUUCUUUACGAAACAAGGAAAACCUUCAAGCUUUUGAGUUGGCCCCACCGCAAAUUAGAAAGAGAGUCCAGGAAAUGCAAUUUUAAAGACUGCAUUGAGCCUAUUCUUUCAAGAGGCAACGGUCCCGCAACAUCUUCACUCAUCGGUUAUGACACCAGCCAACACACCUGCAACACCACCAAAUUUUCCAGAUGCUUUACUUGCGUUAUCAAAGUUACAAACUGCA